AUGAAUCACUUUCUACAUUUUACCUUUACAAUUGCGUUAUUGGCAUAUACUAUUUUAGCUUCUCCUGGGGAUGACUUGUAUGCUUUCCAAGAUUGUCUAUAUCAAUGUGAACAAAUAACCUGUCACAAUAACCCUUACCAUAUUAUUCAACAGGAAUUUUAUACUGAAUUGAGCAGUAACCCCGAUUAUGAAUUCAAAUAUUAUAAUCCAUAUUGGGAAUUUGAUUCGAUGCCGUUGCCGCUAUACCUUAGAUUGCUUGGGUGGAAUUGCGAACUGAACUGUGAUUAUCAAUGCCAGAGAAUUAUUACCAGCGAGAGAAUUAAAAACCAUGAAGAGAUUUAUCAAUUCCAUGGUAAGUGGCCAUUUCUAAGAAUCUUGGGCAUUCAGGAGCUUACUAGUGUUAUCAUGUCAUUGGGGAAUCUAUAUGUGAAUUAUCAGAGUUUCAAAAAAAUAUGGAGGUCUGUAAUAAACAAUGACUCGGUGCCAUCAAAUUUAAAAUAUCAAUUCACAAAUAUCUGUGUGGUACAGAUAGUGACUAUGUGUGCUUGGCUAUUUUCAACAAUCUUCCAUGUCCGAGACUAUAUUUUAACUGAAAGGUUGGACUAUUAUUUUGCUGGACUAACAGUGCUAACCCAGUUCCAUGCCUUGGGUGCUCGUUAUUUCAACUUGUAUAAACAUAGCCGAGUCGUAUACCGAUGGUUGUUUUCCUUGUCCUGUGCUUUGGCCUAUGCAUAUCAUGUCUACCGAUUAUACACAGAUUGGUCGUACACAUAUAACAUGCAAGCUAAUAUUUGUGUUGGGCUUUUCCAAAAUGUGUUUUAUUGUUUGGUGUGUUUUGGAUUAUAUGUCAAGUAUUAUAAUUUGGAACAGACUGAAAAUAAAGUGAUCUUGAAUCAUUUGAAUUACAUCGAAAGUUCACGGAUCAUAUUGUCUUCAUUUUUCACAAGAAGCUCUAAAUUGUUCUCAUUGUAUCCAUUACUUUUGUGCUUUAUUGUUGUCUGUGGUAUGGCGUUGGAGGUAUUUGAUUUUCCACCAGUGUUUUUUGAUUUAGUCGAUGCUCAUAGUUUAUGGCAUUUGGUGACAAUCCUCCCAGUAUAUAUGGGUUGGUACGAUUGGCUAGUAUGGGAUGUAAACGAGAAUGUAUGGUCAAACAUACAAGAGGAAGAAAAGAAAAAGAAGGAGUAG